CAAAGAAUCGCUGUGAUGAGCACCAUCUCCGAAAAGAAUCCAUUUUGAUCUACUCUGUGUGCCUGAUCUCGUUCCAUGUCGCUUACCACGACUUGUUCCUCAUAUUUCAGCUGUAGUUCUUGGAAAAUGUUUUCGGAUUUUUUGUUACGGAUAUAUCGGGAGAAAGCAACAGAACAAACUUGAUGGCCGAAGAACUCAUAAGCGUAGGCUACGUUUGUGCUAAUUGAUUUGAGACAAGAAACUCUACGGACAUGAGGGUAAACUUUGUCAGCAAAUAUUAAAAAGAUGAUGGCAAUUGCUGUAUGGCUUUUAAACUCAUUCGCUUGUCUUCCUUCACCGACAAAAUCCAAAAGUUUACAGCUUUUCCAAUUCCCAAGUCCUUGUUUUUCAAUUUAUUUAAGGAUUAUAGUUGUUCAUCACCUCUUGGCCUUGAUCAUUGCGUUGAGGUCGAUGACCUCUCCCAGCUGUACUAUUCAAACUCAUUCUUCGCAUCUAUUAUUGAUAAUUCUACCCACAAGAGACAUCUGAAUCAAGUCCAUGGCCAAUUGGUUGUCUCCGGAUUGCAACACAAUGGGUUUCUCAUGACCAAACUGGUUAAUCGGAGCUCAAAUACCGGUCAACUUGGUUAUGCACGUAAGCUGUUUGAUAAAUUUUGUAACCCUGAUGUGUUUAUGUGGAAUGCUAUUAUUAGGGCUUAUUCGAAGCAUAACAUGUUUCAGGAUGCCAUAGAAAUGUAUAGAUGGAUGAGAUGGACGACAGUGGAUCCGGAUUGCUAUACUUUUCCUUGUGUACUGAAGGCUUGUACUGAAUUGUCAGAUUUUGGUUUGAGCCGGCUAAUUCAUGGUCAGAUUGUCAGGCACGGGCUUGGGUUGGACGGUUUUGUGCAGAAUGGCCUUGUAGCAUUGUACGCCAAAUGCGGUCACAUUGAUCGUGCGAGGGUGGUGUUCAAUGGCUUACAUGAUAGAACAAUUGUUUCAUGGACUUCCAUUAUUUCUGGGUAUGCGCAGAAUGGGAAAGCUAUGGAAGCAUUGAAAAUGUUUGAUGAGUUGAGAAAAACUGAUGUAAAACCAGAUUGGAUUGCUCUGGUGAGCAUUCUAAGGGCUUACUCCGAUGUGGAAGACUUGGAGCAAGGAAAAUCCAUUCAUGGUUGUGUCAUCAAAAUGGGUCUUGAAGAUGAGCCCGAUUUGCUUAUCUCACUGACUGCUCUAUAUGCAAAAUGUGGGCAGGUGACAGUUGCAAGAUAUUUUUUUGAUAAAAUGGAGAUACCGAAUGUGAUAAUUUGGAAUGCAAUGAUUUCUGGCUAUGCAAAGAAUGGUCAUGCUGAGGAAGCAUUACUUCUAUUUCGUAAUCUUAUUGCAAGAAAUAAUAUUAAACCUGAUCAAGUCACUGUGAUGUCUGCAGUCUUGGCUUGUGCUCAAGUUGGUUCCCUUGAACUGGCACGAUGGAUGCAUGACUACAUCAGCGAGAGUGAACAUAGAAGUGAUGUUUUUGUUAACACAGCCCUCAUUGAUAUGUAUGCAAAAUGUGGAAGUGUAGAAUCUGCUCGUGAGGUGUUUGAUCACAUGUCUAAUAAGGAUGUCGUAGUGUGGAGUGCCAUGGUUGUGGGAUAUGGGUUGCAUGGUCGUGGCCAGGAAGCCAUUGAUCUUUACCAUGCAAUGAAGCAAGCAGGUGUGUGCCCAAACGAUGUUACCUUCAUUGGGCUUCUCACCGCAUGCAAUCAUUCUGGCCUAGUAAAAGACGGAUGGGAGCUAUUCCAUUGCAUGAUAGACUAUGGAAUUGAGCCCCGUCAUGAACAUUACGCUUGUGUAGUUGAUCUUCUUGGGCGUGCAGGUCAUCUAGAUCGAGCUUGUAAUUUUAUCUUGAAAAUGCCCAUUGAUCCUGGUGUAAGUGUGUGGGGUGCACUUCUUAGUGCUUGCAAGAUCUAUCGCCAUGUUACCUUAGGAGAAUAUGCUGCAGAGAAACUAUUCUCACUGGAUCCAUACAAUAUAGGGCACUAUGUGCAACUCUCUAAUCUCUAUGCUUCUGCCCGGCUGUGGGAUCAUGUUGCAAAGGUUCGUGUGCUAAUGAGGGAAAAAGGUUUGAGCAAGGACCUAGGCUACAGUUCUAUUGAUAUCAAUGGAAAGGUAGAAGUGUUUAGUGUAGGGGACAAGUCGCAUCCAAGAGCCAAGGAAAUUUUUGAUGAGCUUCAGAAGUUGGAGAGAAGACUGAAGGAAGUAGGAUUCGUCCCACAUACAGAAUCAGUUUUGCAUGAUUUGAAUUACGAGGAGAAGGAAGAGAACCUCUGUUAUCAUAGUGAAAGAAUAGCAAUAGCAUACGGCCUAAUUAGUACUGCUCCUGGAACUACACUUAGAAUAACAAAGAACCUUCGAGCGUGUGUAAACUGUCAUUCAGCAACAAAGCUUAUAUCAAAACUCGUCAACAGGGAGAUAAUUGUUAGGGAUGCAAAGCGGUUUCAUCAUUUUAAGAAUGGAACCUGUUCAUGUGGAGACUAUUGGUGAAUGGGAUGACCUAGACUUCCUUCCACAUUGGUAGCUUAGGAUGAAACAGUUCCUCACACAUGCAUUUGGUUGCACUGAAAAUAUAAGAAUCCCGAUAUUCAUAUUCUUGAAAUGUCACCAUCCUUUUUACUACUCU